GUAGCCCGAGUGCAACGAAUGCUCUCCUCGGCCGAUUCACCUGGCGCAGGCGCGCCGCUUGCCCACGUCCCACCCUCUGCACCCCCGAACCAUCCCCUGUCCCCAAGGGGGAGCCGACGGAGACGGCGGACUCGUUCGACGAAGACGAGUCGAGUUUCGGGUGUGGGGUCGACUGACAGUCGAACCGUGCUUCAGUCGGCCGGCGAACUCGCGUGCCGAGCCUUCGCGUCCGCUGACGUUCCUUCCUCUCUCUCUCUUUCUCGCGCCGCCGUCGUCGUCGUGGUCGUGGUCGUGGUCGCGGCCGUGGUCGCGGUCGUCCGCCCGGUUCGCGCACCCGGUGAACUCGCGAGUCGCGCGUCCGCCGGCGUCGAGGACGAGUCGCUUCGAGGACUCGCGAUCGUGUCGUAAUCGCCGCCGCCGCCGCCGCCGCCGCCGUCGUCGUCGUCGUCGUCGUCGUCGUCGUCGUCGUUAUCGUCGUCGUUCGCUCACGACCACCGGGCUUCCCGAGGAAACGCAAUCUCGACUUUUCAGCCUCAAGUGGAAUGCCGUGCAUCGACGGGCAGACCGGCUCCUGCCGAGGAGCGGCGACGCGCCGGGGAGAGGAUAUCCCUCGCGCGAUGUGAGUGCCCGCGAUGUGAGGAUCGAGUCGCGCCGAGUCGGAUGACCUGACUGGAAGAACUCGCGCGCGCGCGCGCGCGAGUGCUUGAGAGUGCGUCGGAUCCGAGGAAGUGAAUGGUGUGCAGUGCGCGUGACGAUACUCGGCUCAUCGGGCGGUACUCGAAAACAGAGCCGAGGAGCCGGCCGGUGGACGUAGCCGAUCGAAUACCGAUAUCGAAAACACGCGAGGCGACUCGCACUCGAUCGCUCACACGACGGCGACAACCGCUGAAGGAAGAAGACGACGGCUCGCUCGGUGCGUCGCGCGCCGCGACUCGCACUCGCGCGCUCAGGACGCUCCGGACGACCCGGCAGAUCGUCGCGAGAAGUCGCGCCUCGUCGGUGACUCGACGAUCAAGUGAGAAGCUCGCGGACUCGUCUCACGACCCGGCAGGUGUGCGACAGCGGCGAGGUGUGCGAGAGAGCCCGGCCGACAGGCUGCAGGACGGAUCGCCCGUGGAAAACAUAUCAAUGACUCGCGCAUGACGGAUAGACAGCCCGACGACGACGAGGCACACAUAUCAUCGGGAGCAUAUCAGACGCACCGCGCUCGGCCCGACCGCUCAGCUGCGGCGCGGAAGCGUGGCCUAAGGAGAGACAGAACUCGCCGCCGCUGUGACAUAUCUCGCGAUGACAUAUCGGCGACGUAGCACUCGCACUUAGCAUCGAGAACGAGCGAGCGACAUAUCAUCACUCUUCCGUGAGAGCGGCGACAUAACGCACGGAGCGCUGUCCCGCGCGCGCGAGUCCCGCGAGCUUUACGAGCGCGGGAUCGAUAGCCGGCCGCGAUAGCCAUCGUUUUCCAGCGACCUGCAUUGUUUCGCCGGCUGGAAAAAUGCGUCGCCGCGGCCGGCCGGCCGGCGGCCCGAGCGCGCUCGUCUCGCGCCGCAAGUAGUAAGAGCGGACAUUAGUCCGACGCGCGCGCGUGCGACGGCCAGCCGUCGCGUCGGUGAUCGCUAUCGAUCGGGAUUCGCGCUCUCUCGACGAACGCGAGCGCGCACCGUGUGUGUACACACAACGUGUUACGUCCCGUCGCCGUUGCACACGUCGCAAGUGACACUACUCCCUCCCCCCUCCCCUCCCCUCCCCCCCCCGCAUACCGGGAUCGGAAUCGAAUCUUCGGCCUGGAGGUCGUGAGAGCGAGAGGGAAGCUGCGAAGAUCGAAGCUGUCGUUAAUUAAAGGGCGACGGGCGCCGGGACGAGAGAGUGGGACGAGCCAGCAGAUUUAAUGGCGCCCGGCCGCUAACCUCGCGAAGAGAACCCGCCACUAACACAAAUAUGAAACCCUAACUAACAAGCUCGCGCGCGCGACAAACUCCGGCCAGCGACGCGGCGGCGCGUCCCCGCGAUCGCCGGCGCCGACGCUGCCAGCGUCUUGUCGCACUCCGCGUGGUCGUGUUCCGGAACGAUCAUGCGAAUCCUCGAAAAUGCGCAGAACCAGCAGCAACGGCCUCAAGCUCGACCUGACGGAGAACACGCCAGGUAGCUCGUUGUCGAGGCUGCCGAAUCUGGUCGAGCAUGCGGAGACCUGCCAGGCGCUGUCCGCCGGAACCGGUGAGAAUUUGAGCAGCAAGUUGCCUAACGUGGUCGAGGGCUCGAUGGACUAUGGUAGCGAGCGCAGGUCCUCCCGUUACCUGGAGUACCAAGAGAUCAAGUCCUACCAGGACCCCCAGUCGUCCGCCACGGCGGCGCCGGCCUACGAAGGGGGCCCUUACCACGACCAGUCUCGUGGCUAUAGGAACUACGAUCGCAAGGCGGCCGGCUUCGAGCGGGAGAAUCUCGAGAGGUUCGACAACAGGAUCUACCCGGAGGAUGGGCUGAGGUACGAGCCACGCCGCGUGGAUCAGCGCAUCUACCAAGAGUCGGACCUGGACGCGCCGUACGAUCGGAGCGACGCGCAGAAACUCAGCAAAACGUACCCUGAGCUGCAGGACUCCAGCAGACGGUACUCGCGAGACCUCACCGAUUACGAGUACGCGUCGCGCUACGCCGAGGAGACGCUCAAGCUGGAGCCUAAGAAGGACCACCACCAUCAUCACCAUCCGGCCAAGAUUUACGAGGCGGCCGGCGCCUCCAAGGGCUACGAGUCGGGCGUGAAGACCCACGAUUCCGCUUACGAUCUCGGCUCCUGCUCCGGUCAGCAGGAGCCCACCGGCGCGAGGCAAUAUGAGAGCAAGUACCACUCGGUCAGCAAGAUGUACGGCACCUUGCCGAGGUACGAGAGCAGCAAGUCCUAUGAGCCGACCUACGAGUCCAGGUCCUUCGAGCCCAAGUACGACGAGCAGUCGUACGAGGGUGCUGGCAAGGGCUUCGAGGCCAAGUACGAGCUGACGAGUUCCAAGAGCUACGAAAGAGCCAGGUACGAGAGCACCUCGUCGGCCAGAUACCAGGACAAGUCCUACGACCAGACGCUGAAGAUCGGCGAGUUGGGCUCCUCCUCGUCCGGUGCUUACGUGAGGAAGCACCAGGAUCAGGAGGAGACCGGCGCGGAGAAGAUGAACGGCUACCGGAAGAACAAUUUCGAGGCCUAUGGGGUCUACUCGGACCCGGAGGACGACCACGGCUUCUUGGCGGACAAGAAGGCGCCUCAGUACACGUACAAGGGCGUCGUGGUGAACGUCAGCGGAGAGUCCGCGGUGGUCGAUCAGAAACGCGCCAAGGACGGCAGGCAGACCGAGGUGACGAGGAGUCCUUGGUGCAGACCGACCAUAUUGCUGCUCCUGCUGGUGCUCUUGGUCGUCAUCUUCGUCUUCGUCGCUGGGAUAUUAUUGUACUUCAAUUACAUGUCCUACAAGCCGCGCCAGCCCGUUAACGAGGGUAAGGAUCUAAAUUUCGCCAGUAAUAACGCGGAACCCUGCGAGAAGACCUACUGCGCCUGGGGCGCGACAUGCAUCGUGUCUGACGGCAAGGCUCAGUGCCAGUGUCCUGCGGACUGUCCCACGACUUCUGAUCCCGUCUGCGGCUCGGACGACGUGACCUACACGAACUAUUGUCACCUGCGGCAGGUCAGCUGCCAGAAGAGGAAAAACACCAGGGUGAAACAUCAGGGCGCGUGCGAGAUCAAGGACCCAUGCACGAAGCUGAACUGCUCGCAAGGCUCGCACUGCGUGCGAAGCAGGGACGGCAAGGAGGCGAUCUGCGAAUGCCUGGAAUCCUGCCCGAAUUUAGGGAACCACGAGGGAUCGGGCCCUGUCUGCGGCACGGACGGCAUCGACUAUCCGACACUGUGCGACCUAAAUCGAGCCGCGUGUACGAAAGGUGCUAACAUCACCGUGGCAUUUCGUGGCAAAUGCGGUAAGCACACUUCUCGAUACUCCGCUGCGGAUACGCGGGAACUCGAGCGAACGCGUCAGCUUAGCGCGGACGGGGAUAAUUUCACGCGACGAAAUCCGCUUGCGACAC